UCAGUCACCGGGCGAAGCCAUUGGCUGGAAGGUCCCUGCGCACUGGCGCCGCGCUCAUAAACAGCGCUCACACACUGACUCAACACACACGUCAAACUGAAUGGGAACAUGUCGCAGUACACUCUGGCAGUUCACCUGCAGAUCCUGCUGGCUGUGGGUCUGGCUGUGUUCUGCUACUGUCUGGUUCUCGGAUGCAUCCUUUGCUGUCGAAGGAGGAAGAGAGUUUCAUCAGAGGACAAGGAGGCUGUCUUCUUGUCUCAUUCUGCGGAGAGGGUGACUGUGACAUUGACUCCGUCCCCAUGUACACAGCCUGUCAAGCAGCAGUACGAGCAGCUGGACGGGGACGUGUUGGAAUUCCCUUCAUCUAAAAGCAGCUAUUCUCCCUCUGAGGAUGACCACACUGCUUUGCCCUUUGACCACAGCCCUACCCGAUCCGUUGAGCUGGUGCAAUCUCCUGGAUCCUCUUUUCCAAUGCGGCGCCUCAGCACCCCGGCUGUUCCCUGCUCACCCAGUAAACCACCAGGUCACGGCAGAGCUUCACUGCCCUCCCUCACCAAGCUGAACCUGGUGUCCAGGUCCCGCCGGGCAAUGGGCCGCCGCAGCACCGUGAGCGGCGAAAGUUUUCUUUACAGCGAGAGCAGUCGACUGACUGCGGGUGCUGUCAGAGCUCCCACCCAGCAGGGGGAGCCGUGUCUGUCCCAGUAUGGCUCCAACUCUCUCUCCAUCUCCUCCAAGCCAGCUCCUCUCCUGCACUUCUCCUUGCUCUUCUCCUCUGCCUGUGGCACCCUGAUGGUCAACAUCCUGGGGCUCUCGGGGGCCAGUCGAAAGCGCACCGGGGUGUUUGUCCGGGCCAGCCUUCCCCCCCUCUGCCCCUGCCCUCAGCAGAUGGCCUCUCGGCGCCGCAGCCUCAGCCCGGAUCUCAACAGCCAGACCUUUGUGCUGCAGGUGGGCUCUGUGGAAGAGCUGCGCACCUGCACCUUGAGACUUGCUGUCUACAGCAGGGACUUCUCAGGCUUAAGAGAGGCUGCGCUGGGGGUGGUGGAGCUGCCCUGUGAGCCGAUGGAUUGGGAGCCAGACACCACCACCACCUACACCAGGCAACUCAGCCCAACUAAAAGCAAGCUGAAAAAGAGUGUGAGUUCUCAGGAAACGCUGGGUCAUAGGAAGAGCUCGGUGUGCGUGCCGCGAGCUUUGGGCCAGCUGUUCAUCCUGCUGCAGUACCAGACGCUCGCCCAACGCAUCAAGGUGUUGGUCCGAAAGGCUGAGAACCUGGCAAAGCUCACACGGAUACCAGGAGCGCCAGACCACUACGUUGUCAUCAACCUGCUUCAGGAUGGGAAAAUAAUUGGUACCAAGGAGACCAAAGGGGCCAGUGGUGCCAACCCCGUCUGGAACGCUCCAUUCUUGUUUGACUUGCCCUCUGGUGACAUCGCCCAGCUACCAUUGGUCCUUGAGUUUAUCGUCAUGCAGGGCCGUCUGUACACCAAGAGCAGUAUUCUGGGCCGCGUUCUGAUUGGCAGCGAUGCCACAGAGGCGGGACAAGGACACUGGAAAGAAAUGUGCAGUCGGGGGCAAAUAGAGACAGCUCGCUGGCACAUCAUCCAAUCAGAUGUACUGUAGGACUGAUUGACAGACUGUGGGACUGCGCUGCUGUCCAUCAGCUGCCCAGUGAGUGGAACGCAGAGAGGCGGAGUGGGAAUAACAUGCGAUUGGGGUGCACAUGCAUCAAAGUAUUUCUUCUUAGUCAUUUUAUUUCUGAUUUUAGAUUUCCAUGUUAAUCAUUAUCAACAGAUAAUGUUCAUGAAUGAAAUAACUGGUCAAGCUGUUUUAGGGAGAGACACACAUCUACAUGGUCCAUGAGUAUGGAGCAGGGAUGUGCAGCAGCUUUCACCAUGUCAACAGUAUUCUGCAUCCCAGCAUUACCUUUGUGGUUAUUUCCAUCGUCAGUUCUUAAAACUGUAGUCUGUUUACCUGUAUC